AAAGAACUUUAAAUAAAUGUGCAUAAAAUAAAAAAUGGUUAACAAACAACCGAAAAAUCACACGUACAAGACGAACAACACGAAAAGACCGCGCGAAAAUUUUUAGUUUUUCUGUGUUAGUAGACUUUCCAGAAAGAGUUCAGAAACAUUUUGGCAUCAGUUAUUUGAGAAAAGCUUAGAUGCUGUUAAAAAUUCAUUUCCGAGCAUCCAGAAACUUAUUUUUUAAAAGUUAAAAUCCGAUUAAACAUGUAAAAAAUCUUCGGGGAAAAAUGAGGGUGGGUUUUUCAUAUCGCCCCAGUCCACAUCUGGCUGGCAGAGCGCAAGUAAUUUGUUAUUUUUUUGACAUUUUUGUAAACAAAGUUGAAAAAAAAAUGUUUACAAACUGCAAAAUUUGUUUGUUAUUGACUGGAAUAAUAAAUGCCAUUUACUUGUGUCGUCUGUGGCUACACGAGUGAAUGCUCAAAGGAGAAUGAAAGCAAAACAUAUACUGCAUUUCACAGGUAAGAAACUACAAAACAAUUGAAACUUUUAAAUAUUUAUUAAUAUUCAAUUUAGUUACAUGACAAUAGUAAACACUACUAUGACAAUGGGUACAAAUUCAUAAUGACAAAAUGAAAAAGCCUAUUUUUAUUAAUACAGGUUUCCCUUAAAAGAUGAAAGACAUCUUGAGAAGUGGGAAAAUAUAGUUAAGAGAGCAAGAAAUGAUGAGCAACAAUGGAGGGCAACACGCCACACGUACAUUUGUAGUAAUCAUUUUGAAGUAUGUGACUACACUAUACUCCCAUCCUCAACAGGGCCGUGCAGGCUAAAAAAAUAUGCUGUACCAUCAGUAUUCAAAUUGGAAUUCAAACCGCAAAGCAUACCAAAAGAGGCUAGAAGCCGACUGGAAAUGCCUGAGGGAAGUUCCACCCAUCAAGGCCAUAAACGUCCAAUGUCACGUGAACAUCUAUUGUCAACAAUAUAUCAUGAUCACUGCUAUGGAAAACGGCAAAAACUAAUACAACAGACACCACUUCAGGAAAUCAAUGAUAAUUCAUGUCAAGAUGAAGAAAUUUCUAAAAAAACAAUUAAAACAUAAAUUAAAAAACUUACAGCAGCAAUUGCGAAGAUGUAAGAAGAGGAUAGGGAACAUGGCAGAACUUAUUGACAAACUGCAAGAAGAGCUCAUCAUAAAAUCGGACGUGGCAGAUAAGUUACAUGCAUCAUUCGACAAAAUUCAAUUGUCCAUUUUCCAAAAUGUCCAAAAAAAUUCACAGAGUUUGCCAUGUGGCCGCCGCUAUACUGAUGAAUUCGCAUUAACCUUAUACUUUUAUUCUCCAAAAGCAUAUCAAUAUGUACGUUCAAUUUUGCCCUUACCCAAUCCUUCUUUGAUUCGUAAGUGGGCAAGCUCAGUAGAUUGUGAACCUGGGUUCCUGAAAGAGGCAUUCAAGGCACUGUCAGAUGAAGUCACACAAUGUCCAGACAAAAAAGACUGUUGCCUCAUUAUGGAUGCCAUGUCAAUUCGAAAGCAGACGGUGUGGGACAAGAAGAAUGAUAGAUACGAUGGAUUCAUAAACUAUGGCACAUUAAACCCUGAAGAUCCAGAGACAUUAGCAUCUGAAGCACUAGUCUUUCUUUUGGUUGGAGCCAGAACACACUGGAAUUGUCCCAUUGGUUACUUUCUCCGCAAUAAAAUUUCUGCGAGGAUCCAGGCACAGCUUUUGAUAACAGCACUUGAAAUGGCCGCAGAAUCUGGACUACGGGUAUGGUCUAUCACUGCAGAUGGAACAUCAGUAAAUAUCAGCACCUUCAGUCUUCUUGGCCGUAAAUUUGGAACAACGUACAAGGACGUGGUUACAAAGUUGAAGCAUCCGACAGAAGAUUACCACGUAUACGUCAUACUGGGUCCAUGCCACAUGUUGAAACUGGCUAGAAAUGCACUAGGAACACUUCAUUCAUUCACCGACAAUGUUGGUAUGAUGGUCAGAUGGAGAUUCUUUAAAAAAUUGUGCUUAAUCCAGGAGGAACAUGGGUUGAAAAUGGCCAACAAGUUGUCCCCAAAACACCUGCAUUUUGAGAAACAUAAAAUGAAGGUUAACCUGGCGGCACAAACACUAAGUUCAUCGGUAGCAGAUGCGAUUGAAUUCCUAGAUAAUGUAAUGGAGCUACCUGACUUUAAAGACAGCCAAGGAACAGUAGUAUUUUGCAGAACAAUUGACAGACUAUUCGAUAUGCUAAAUUCUCGCAACCCAUUAGGAAAAGGGUACAAACAACCCCUCAGAUUGAACACACAGGAUAUUUGGGAAUCAACAUUAAGAUCUACGGCUGAUUACCUACUAUCUUUGAAAACAGAUACAGUUCUUGCCCAACUUCUUUCAACACAUCCUCGAAAGACAUUUAUAAUUGGUUUUGUAGCAGACAGUCAACAUAAAGUCAACAAUUGA